AUGGCAGAGGAAGGGAAACCCGACGCUCAGCUCUUUCAGCUUCUCUCCAAUCUCCUCCACCAGGUGGAAGAACUAACGAAUCAAGAAGAAGUUGAGCUCCGUUCUAAAAUUGAAACUCUUGGGUUAGAGGUUACAAAAGUUCCUCCAAAGUCAACCCAGAAACUUAACGAGUUGGAAAUUGCCACGGAGUUGGACAAAUUAUCAGCAAGAUUAGAUGAUCUGGAUGAGAUGAUAUCAGCAUCCAUGGCUUCAGAUCCACAGGUGCAAUCACUCUUGAGUGGUACAGCUGAUGUGUGGAUGCCAGUUAUCACUGCGACCUCUGAGGAAAGACGCAAUUUCACGGGGGCUACAGGAGACAACACCCCACAAACGGAUGCCGAAAAGUCUAAAUAG